GAACUGGUCAACCCAGAGUGUGUGGUGGGGAGAGUUCCCAACACAUCUCAGUAUGAGUUGCUCCUGAAGGUGGAGACCUCAGGCCACUACAUUGGCUCCGUUCUCUACAAGGGUCAGAUAAUAGGGCCUCCUCAGUUCACCAUCAUCUCCCUGACACCCAACGAGGCAGCCACAGUCAACAAGAGCAUCACCAAGAGACUGUCAACCUUUACUACGAGGCCUCGGUAGCCAGUGACGGUCGACACAAGAAGGUCUUCUGCUACCUCUUCCCCAAGCAACUCCAGGUCAGAGAGUACUACCUAAAGUUCAUUCCCUACCGAAUCUACACCUGCAAAGUCUGCCCCUCCACCAGCAUCCACCUGGGUGUGGAGGAGGGAGAGUUCACAGUGGACGAUGGGUACCAGCCUCCCCUAUCACUCCGGUCCAGACAAAGGGAGCUCAUCGCUGCCACAUACUACAAAUACCUUCUCAGGAACAUUGGAGGGUCGGAGCAGUUCCAGGACAAGAGGAAGUUCUUCAACUCGGAGCUGAGGAGCCACCACUCCAAGGGACCUCGCGGAGAGAAACACCUCCACAUCGACCGUUUCAACCUCCUGCAGAGUGCAAUGAAGGAGACUAAAGGUUUCAGUGCCUCCGACUGGCACAAGGCAUUCACAGUCACUUUCAUUGGAGAAGAAGCAUUGGACUGGGGUGGAGUGAGUCGAGAGUUCUUCCACCUCCUCUGCACCCAGUGUUUCAACUGUUCCAACGGAAUGUUCCGGAGGUUCAAGGACGACUCACAGGCUCUGGUUCAUCCAAAUCCUCACCAUCCUCCCACCGUCACACCUCACCACUAUCACUUUGCCGGUCGAGUGGUCGGCAAAUGUCUGUUCGAGAGUUCUCUCGGAACCAACCUCCACGUCUCGGCCCACUUCACCCGCUCCUUCCUCGCACAGAUCAUCGGCCUCCGCAUCAACUACAAGUAUUUUGAGAGUGAUGACCCAGAUCUCUACGUGAGCAAGAUACAGUACAUCAGAGAGAACGGUGUGAGUGACCUGGAGCUGGUCUUUGCAGAGGAGGAGUUCUCUGAAGAUGGCACUGUCAGGGUGGUACCACUGGAGGAGGGAGGGGAAGAGAAACCGGUGACAGAUGAGAACAAGACACACUACCUCAACCUACUGGCUCAGUACAGACUGGCCAAACAGACCAAGACACAGGUGGAACACUUUGUGAAGGGUCUGCACGAUCUCAUUCCUGACAAUCUCCUGGGAAUAUUUGACGAAAAUGAACUUGAGCUGCUAAUGUGUGGAACAGACGCGGUGAGCUACGACGACCUAAAGAAGCACGCGGUGGUGACUCCCAGCGCCAACACAAACUUCCAGAGAGUGGUCUCGUGGUUCUGGCUGGUUGUGAGUGGGUUCGCUCGCGAGGAAAUGGCCCGACUCCUACAGUUUGUCACCGGGUCCUCUCAGCUACCUCCGGGAGGGUUCAAGGACCUCAGUCCAAAGUUUCAGAUCACCUCCGCUCCCACCCACGGCCGCCUGCCCUCCGCACACACCUGUUUCAACCAACUGUGUCUCCCUGAAUAUGACUCCUGUGAACAGUUUCAAACGGCACUAACAUUGGCACUAAACGAAGGAACGGAAGGAUUUGGCUUCCUAUAGCAGCAUUGCUUGUGUGUGUUGUUUUAUGUGGGCACGUGCUUUUCACGUGUUAGAUUUUUACAACGGUUUCUUGUAUAGGACCACUUU